AUGCGGUUCACGGCGGGGGCCUCGUCGACGCGGUCGUGGCAGCCCAUGCCGACGGCGGACACCACGGACCUGCGCUUCUGGCUGCGCUGGCGGGUGGCCGUGUGCACGCUCUGGGUGCUCUGCUGCGUCGCCGCCGCGGCCUACCUCAUCUGGCGCCACGAGGGGCCGCGCGCGCACCGCCGCAUCGGAGCCGCCAAGCAGGACGCGGCCGCGCAAGGGCGGCGACGGCCGGACGAGCUGCUGUACGACGACGAGGCGUGGCGGCCCUGCCUCCGGGACAUCCACCCGGCCUGGCUGCUCGUCUACAGGCUCGUCUCCUUCGUCCUCUUCAGCCUCCUCAUCGUCAUCUCCGACGGCGGCAACAUCUUCCUCUCCACAUGCCUCAUCGUCGACCACCCUGCUGGCAGCCUGGCACAUUCUUCUGGGCCUCUUCCCCGGCGCUCGAGGUACAGCAGUGGCGGCACCGCUCCUCCUCACAGGUAUGGCCGCAUCUGCCUGUGCUCGGCAGAAGGAGGAGGCCGUGGUCAUGGCGACAUGCGGCACCCAUUUGUCGAGGCGGAGGUGCAAGCGCGCAGGGAAGAGAAGAAGGCCUGA